AUGAACAACCUCCCUCCAGAGAUUAUUUUGAAAAUCUUAGAUUACGCGGAUUCCGAAAGGAGCUCACUGUUAAGGAUCAACUCUCAUUGGUUUCAGUGUGGAAUUUCCGUUGUAUGGCGAGAUGUGCGGUGCGAACGCCUGGCUAAGAUAGCGAAGAACCGUCAACAGAUCUAUGCCUCUGUGAUCCGAUCAUUCUAUGCCAACGGAUAUAAAGUGAACGCCUUCCGUCACCUCGCCUUUCCAAAACUGACCCAGCUUCAAUUGAUCUUCAGCUUUCAGUGGAGGUCUAGAUUUGAGCCUCUAAAGAUAGUAGAAUCCAAUCUCAAACCUCUCCUCCCCUCAGGACUUCACACGAUUUCCCUUUCGGGCUACUUUGAUCCAGACUUACUUGUUUACGUCCGUCUUCAGUGCCCCCAGCUACGAGGUUUGCAGAUCAGCUGCCCGAAUCCUCCGAGUCCUCAUCUUACACCAGAAUUCGUUCUCAAGUUCCUUCGGAGCAGCCCAACUCUCUCAGAAAUAAGUCUCGGCAUAAUGAUAACUGGUGACAUUUUCGAUCAUCUAGCAGAGCGCGGGAAUUUGCGCGAAUUCUUUUGCACCAAGCAGAUUGUUGAUACAUAUAUACUAGAGAAACUGAAUACUUCAUCGCCAUUUCCCGUGCUGCGCAAGUUGAAAAUAAGCGUCAUGGAGGACGCCUUUCCGUCCCUUACGGAUGCGGUACAAUCAGUUAGGGAACUUGACUUGACUCUCGUACACGACGAUGAUACCAAUGUGCAGGCGAACAAUGUGUUGCGAGACGUUUUCAAAUUGGCGGGACUACGCGAAUUGAUCUUAACUAUACAUUAUAACCCUAUGUGUUCUAUAGUCAUAGACAAUGAGGAACUGAUGUCUCUGAGAAGCCUGUCACAUUUGGUCAUGUUGAAUAUCAGUGCAUCUUGGGGGUCUUUUCUCCGGGCACCCUGCUUCACGGACCGCGACUUUGCGCAACUGUUCACAAAUCUUGCCCAUCUGCAACACCUCCAUCUCAACGUCUCUAUGCCUAAGCGCACGACUGUCUCUCUUGUGGCCUUAGGGAAAUGCUGCCCGUCCCUCCGAACACUACGACUCACAGAUGCCCUUGAUAUGAUGGUGCUCCAAUCGGAGAAAGUGCCGUUGCUUCCGAAGCUUGAGAAGCUUACUAUUGACACAUUCACCAAUAGUGAAUCAAGGAUCAGGUUCGUUCGGAAAUACUCCCUUGCGUGCUCCCUCUUUGACUUUUCAUGCCUCAGAUCUCCGCAUCAACACGCUUUUCAAAUCCAAAGGUCCUUCCCAAAACUCAAACGGCUUGAGGCUAUCAUGAUAUUAGAUAGCAUGGACCCAAGGCUGGACUUCUCUGCACGUAUCGUAGAUAUCUGGAAGAGUCUAAACUGA